AUGCCGCCCCCGACCCCCCGCCCAAAGCCACCAGCGCUCGCGCUCAGCAUCGACGGCGAGAGCGACACGGACACAGUGAGCAUGGUGACUGCGCUCUCGCGCGCGUCGUCGCCAGCCGACACGGUGUUCACCGCGCCGCUGUGGACGGGCGGCAGCGCGGCCGCGCCAACUCCGACCCCGACACCGCGCACGCCAAAGCACAUCCCCGGCGCGUGGGAGGAGCGAUACUCGACCCCGCCGCCGUUCCCCGGCCCGCCGGCCAACUCGCCCCGCUCGCAGAAGACAAGCAGCACCGCGACGCCCAAAGGCGCUGCGGCCGGCGGCAGCGGGGGCACCGGGACUGGUAUCGGUCUCGGCCGCCCCCCGCGCCGCCGUGGCGGGUCGGACCGCUCGCACGCGGGCAGCGAGCGCACGAUCAAGACGAUAGAGUACGCCAACGGCGACCGCUACGUGUCUGCCCCGCCGCCGCCGGGCUGGGUGCCGACUCUGCCGGCGUCGCCACAACGCCGUGUCAUGUCCCAGACGCUCAGGUACGCGAUGAGCGAUGAGUUCGACGACGACGACCUGGGACAGCCGAUGGGGCAGCCCUUCGGCUUCCAGCACCCGUUCCACCAGCCUCUGCCGCCGCUGCAUGCCGGCUUCGAGGGCCUCAACCGCGCGCCUCCACCUCCACAGCAACCACACGUCGACAUGGAGGCCGAGAACGCCUGGACGGCCUUUGUGCGCGCGCAGCUCCAGCGCCUGAUGAUGGACGGUGUCGUGGCCAGCCAGCUGCCGCCCAACCCGCCCCUAAACCUCGUCGACCAUGUCGCCGCGCUGCGGGCCGAGAUCGAGGAGCUCCGCGCCGCCGUGGCGCAGGUCGCGGCCAACCAGCGGCCUGCGAGCCUCGUCGCCGCCGUCGAGCACGUCGCGGCCGCGGUGGAGAGCGUCGCUGCUGCCGAGAGCAUCCCGCCGGCGCCGAGCGCGCAACAGGAAGAUGCCGAGGACGCAGAGGCGCGCAGAGUUCACGAGGAGCUGGCGCAGCAUGUCGACCACCAGAUUGGGCGUGGCGAGGAGGGAGCCCAUCGCGGACAGUCGAGCCACAUCGACCCGCGCGGCUAUGACGAACAGCUGCAACACGCCGAGCAGCCCCACGAUGUCAAUGAGCCCGAACUCCACCCCAGCUCCAACGCCGCGCCGUCGGACCGCGUCCCAACGCCAGUCCCAACGGACAGCCUCACCGACCGCAGCGCCACCCCAGUCCCGACCGACAGCAUCACGGUCCCCGGCCGCGCCGGCCCACUGCACUUCACGCCGACGACAGUGUCCCUCGUGCUGGAGGUAGUCCGCGCGAUUGACCGCGCGCGGCACGUCGACCACCGGCCCGACGAGGCCGUCUUCGACGACGACAACCUCGUCGCUAUUAUCGACGACGCGCGCGCCGUGCUCGACGAGAAGGGCGUGAGUAUCUUUGGGGCGAGCACGCGCAGCGCGCUCGCUUCGGCGGCGUCAGAGGACGGCGAGUCGCUGUCCACACGCCGCCGACUCGUACCCUCCGAGGCUAGUGUCGCCGAUGAGAGCCACUCCGCCUCGGCACCGCUCAGCCCGCCUGUCGAGGCUGCCUCCCCACGUACGAUCACUGUCGAGUCCCCUGAGCCCUUCGCUGCCGAGCACCGCGCGUCCGUCAAUGCCACGCCGACGCCCAUCGCCCCAGUUUCUGUCACGAUCACGCAGUAA